AUGUUUAGAAGAAGAAUAAUGCGUUUUCUUAAAAAAAAAUACAUUCAAUAUGAAGUAACUUUUGCACUAAAUAUGUUAACAACUACAGAAAAAAUAAUUGUUAAUUUCGUCUUUAUAAGCAUUACUGCAUUAGUUUUAAUGAGUGUUUAUGUAUAUUUUCCGGAACAUUUGCGACAACUUGCAGCCAAAGCAACAUAUUAUUGGUACGGAUAG